UGCCCCGCCCUGGGGCUGCAAACUCAAGCUUCGUCCGCGCCCCACCCUGCGGCUGGCGGCCACAUCCCGACAGCGUCCAGCGCUUAUCGCGCGUCAAAUCCGCCAAUCCUCAGCUAGCCGUUCGCAGGAUUGGAACCCGGAAUACACUCUCCUCCACCGUCCACCAGCAUCCCCACCUUCCACUAGCACCCCACCCCCGCUCUCCACUAUGCAACUCACCUUCCCCUCGAUCGACGAGGCCGAGUGCCUCCGGACACUACAGGACAUCGUCCGCAUCAAGUCCUACUCGCAAACGCAGGGCGAGAUUGACGUGACGAACCAUGUCGCGAGGGUGAUGAAGGAGAUGGGCGUCGAAGGCGGGGUGUACCCAUUCGAUGGCGGUGCGCGGCAGAACGCGAUAGGCAGAUGGAGAGGGAGCGGCGGUGGGAAGACGCUGCUGUUUAAUGGGCACAUGGACACGAACCCAGUAGGCGAGGGCUGGACGGUCGACCCGUGGGGCGGUAUCGUGAAGGACGACAACUGCAUAUACGGCAUCGGCGUCUCAAACAUGAAGGCGGGAUGCGCGGCGUACCUCUGCGCGGUGCGGACACUCGUGAAGGCGGGAUGGAAGUUGAAGGGGGAUGUUAUCCUGACCUUCGUCGUCGGCGAGCUGCAAGGAGGGCCCGGUACUGUCGCCGCAAUCGAGCAAGGUCACUGCGACGCCGAUUACUUCGUCAACUGCGAGCCCAGCGAUGUGCGCGCCAUCACCAUGCACGCCGAAAGCGAAAUCUUCGAGAUUGCGCUGACUGGCGUGACACGACACAUGAGCAAGCGAGAAGAGGCCACGGAUGUCAUCCUCGCCGCGUCCGACCUUGUGCCCCGUCUGACUGACCUCACCUUCCCCAACGCGCCAUCCCCCGUACACGCGAGCAUCAACCGGUGCCAUGUCGGUGUCAUACGCGCGGGCUUGGGCAAGGAGAUGGCAGAAUGGCGACCGCCUCAAGUCGCGGACUAUGCUGUCAUCAAAGGCGCUGCUCGCAUAGCUCCCGGUCAGACUGGAACUGACGUACGCGAAGCACUCACAACGGCAUGCAAUGCGACGGUCACGAAGUUCCCAGAGCUGAAGUACGAGAUUAUCCCCGUUGAGGCGCACGGAAUGCCCUCCUUCGAGGUCAACCCCGGCUCGCGCAUCGUCCGGUCGCUCAACACCGCCUAUGCUGCUGUCCGGGGAGUCGCCCAACCGACAGGAGCUAUCAAGCCGAUAUGCUUUUACGGGUCGGACGCGGGGCAUCUGUAUCGAAAGCUUGGGAUGGAGGGCGUCGUUUGCGGGCCAGGAGGGAAGUAUAACACGAUGCCGGAUGAGAGGGUGGAAUUAGAGGACUACUACGACUGCAUCCGCAUCUUUGUGCGCCUAAUUGUCGAUAUCUGCGGUGUCGAUCAGGUACCGCGUUGAGCACAGGGAGGGGCAACGCACCAAAUACCACUACAAACGAGAUUCCUUCAAAGAGGCCGGCACCAACACGCCCCCCUCGAGCAGGUACUGUGGUCGUGAUGGUGGUCAAGAGC